UUUCAGAAUGAAAGCAAUGUUACAUGACUGCACGCUGAACAGUUUGGGUGUCUUGAAUAGAUCAUUCCCUCGUAACACUAUAAAUACAGAUGUGUAAGAUGAGAGCCUCAGUUUAAAGUUUGAGAACUGAGCUUACAGGUCACAGGUAGAAAACCAUACUAGCAGCUCUCUUCACAGCAUUGGAGCCUACUGGUCUCAACAGAAGAUGGCCAACAGUGAGAUCUAUGAAAACUUUAAAUUUCACCAUGCGAUUGUAAUGAAGCAGUUGCAGGAGAAUGAAAGAAAACAGCCAGCAGCUACAUAUCAAGCAGAUGUCAGAGAUAACAUUUCUUUAGCAGCCACAGAAGACCAAGAGGUACUGAACACAAAUCAGACUGCACCACAGAGAAAUGAAGAUCACAUCAGGCAGAUAGUCCACCAGAAAGCCUUCAAAUCCAAAGGUUUCACAAUUUCCAUUGUGCUCCUUUAUGUCCUCUUGCUGUUCACCUCUCUGAUCUGGUUUGUGUUAACGUUGAAGGGAUACAUGAUGUACAGUGCCAUGACAGAGGAGCUUCAGCACUUGAGAAUGAUGCACUCCAUGUGGAAAGAGAACGUUUCUGAUGGAAUGAGAAUCCUGAAAGCUGCGCAGGAUAUCCUGAGGAUCCAAAACAAUAACAUCACAUCAGAAAUUACCCAGCUGAAAAAGCAAGGCAAUAACAUCACAUCAGGAAUUUCCCAGCUGAAAAAGCAAGAUACAUACAUCUCUACAAGCAUCAGAAAUCUAACUUUUGAAAUUUUCCAGCUCAAACAACAAGGUGCUAACAAUUCAGACAGUGGACUGCUCAGAAUACAAGGUGGACCUCUUAUAAGUGAUGGGGAUUAGAGCUGACAUUUCAGGUGAAGGACAAAGUGUCCGAUAUGCCCAACCAAGUGUAAAUAGGGGUAACGGGCACCCUAUUCCUAGAGCUUGUCACUCAUUCCUGCCAAAUACCAAGCUAAAAUUGUCCAUCUUCUGAACCUCCUAAUGAUAACUCUACGGGGGAUAAUGUUGGCAUGGCAUUAACAGCAUUAAUCACUGGAUAUCAGUACACACAUUGCUAUAUGAUCGUUUCUCUUAGUAUAUUGAAUAUGUUUAUAUUGAUAACAUUGUUAUUUGAAAUACUGUCCUUUAAAACUUGUUUUCAACAUUAAAUGUACCACCUUAAUUGUUAUCCACAGCAAUUAACUUACAUUAUUUUCCAUUUUAUUUUUAACUGUAUUUACCUUUAUCAUUGUUUUAAUUUCAAAAGAAUAUCAGACCAUCUUCAUAUUCAAAGUCA